ACGAACACGGAGAGCCGACUUCGUCGCUUUUCUGUCCUCCUCGUAAACACGGUGAUUACAUGCUGACUCAAAAAAGACAGAGCUAGAUACUUGUUGCGCGUGUUUCGGUCCGCGACUCUCCACGCUCCACGUUCCGCGCUCCGACCUCCAUCCUCCUCUUGAACGUCCGACGACGGUAUGUGGUAGUGAGUUUGCGUGCUUGUGAGUAAUCAUCUACAGGAGAAACAGCAGCAGCAGCAGCAGCAGCAGCAGCAGAAAAAGACCGUGUGUAACCGAGUCCAUGACUGACUGAGUGAGUUAAGCGGGAAGAACGUUAGUGGGGCAGUUCAACGUGAGCAGUCGUCGAACAAGCAGCUUAAGCUUGGGCUAAAGAAUCGCUCCGUCCGCUCCGGGCGAAGUUGCUUACUGCUCAUAAGACUGCAGCUGCUCCGUCUUGGUCGUUCGAUUUUCAAAAGAAAAAGAAAAAAUAAAAAAGAAUUAAAAGAAAGAAAAAAAAAACAACCUCUCGUUACAAUCAGCUGAAGUUACUUUCAAGUUCAAUUGCGACUCCGGUGUGACACACAUAUUUAAUAUUAUAACAUUUCUGAUAGCGGCAGCAGCUGCUGAGGAGUAAAGCCAGCUGAUUAUAACUCGACAAAAACCAACGUACCACGAUACGCACGGUGUGUACCUUUGUUAUCUUCGGUCAAGUGGGUGUCUGCCGGGAAGUGGUAUAUGUAUAUCACAAGUAUAUACAUAAAUUGUUCUUUUUUUCGUUCUCGUUCAUUUCGAUUUCAACAACGGUGAUAAUUCGCCUUCUUAUUCAGCGAUCAUGAAGCGAUCUAAAACAGUAGAGAGUGCUUGCUGACGAGGAGGAAGUUACGAACUUUCCAGUUUCACAUCGUGUUCAGUUGUACAUGUGAAUGUAAUCUCGCCGUGAUAUAUACCGGUAUACCGUUCAAAAAGAGCGAACUAAUAAAAUACCGACUAGAAAAUAUUCUACUUUACUUGCCACCCCCCAUCGAGUGAAAUUUUAAUGCGUACAGAUCAGUGAUCGUAUAUCGUACAGUUUGUGUGCAUAAUGUCGUCGGUAUUUUCAAAAUUGAUCGACAAAACAUCGGCGAGAUACGGUAUACCCCAGGAAAAAUUGACCAAGGGGGUUGUCGGGGCGUUGACUACCCUCUACCUUCUCAGACUCGGGUAUCCCUACCUGAAUCAGGUAGCUGCCAGGGCAAAAAAGAAGGCGUCUAGUCUGUGCAGCGGCAACGGAAACCGGGACAAUUCCGACCCUCGACAAAGCACUAACAAUAAUAACAAUAACAACGUUAAGGAUGACACCAGCAAGCCGAACGAUGAUAAAAACGGUGCAAUACCCGGUGACGAAUCAACACCACCGUCUUCGUCAACGGGGAACAAAGCCACCGGCGGCAAUGGAUUGGACCGUGAAUUUUUGAAUCGGUUAAUGACGUUGCUGAAAAUUAUGAUACCGGGAUGGAGGACCAAGGAAACGGGUUUGCUGACCUGCGUUACGUUGGCUCUUCUAGCGAGGACGUUUCUUUCGGUUUAUGUCGCAACAUUGGAAGGCAGCAUUGUUAAAAAAAUUGUACUACGGGACGGCUGGGGCUUUUUAUGGAUGUUGGUCAGAUGGUUCGGCAUUGCUUUACCGGCGACCUUUGUUAACUCCGCCAUUCGAUACUUCGAAGGACGAUUGGCUCUCAGUUUCAGAGGAAGACUCGUCAAACAUGCCUACAAAAUGUACCUGAGUCAACAGACUUACUACAGAGUAUCAGCUCUGGACUCGAGACUCGGAGGUGCCGAGCAACGUCUAACCGAUGACUUGUCCGAGUUGGCCACAUCCGUCGCUCACCUCUACACCAGUCUUACGAAACCUUUGUUAGACUGUGCACUUGUGGGUAUCGCUUUGGCCUCGUUCUCAGCCCGUAUGGGUUCCAGGACCGUUCCAGGACCCCUACUGGCCACAGCAGUUAUAGGUUUGACGGGUCAAGUUUUGCGAAUGGCAUCGCCCAAGUUCGGUCAAUUGGUGGCCGAAGAAGCAUCCAGACGAGGGCGUCUGCGACAAGCCCACGCAAGAGUUAGCGCUCACGCCGAAGAGAUCGCGUUCUACGGCGGUCAAGACGCCGAACUUCGAAAUUUGAAUUCCGCAUACGACUCGUUGGUCGUCCACGUGCGAAGAGUACUCAGGCUGAAGUUGUGGUAUGUGAUGCUCGAACAGUUCCUCAUGAAGUACGUAUGGUCUGGAACCGGACUGUUCGUCAUCGCGUUGCCGGUUCUAUUCCCGGUGAUGUCCUCCUCCAAAAGAUCGAACGACGACAAUGGCGUAAGCGAGAGGACGCAGUACCUUACGACCUCCAAGUACCUCCUAAGCUCCGGUGCCGACGCCGUUGAGAGACUGAUGUCCUCAUACAAGGAAGCUGUAGCCUUGGCCGGUUACACAUCCAGAGUUGGCGAAAUGUUGGACGUUUUCAAAGAUACAGCGCUGUGCAAAUACCAAAAGGGAGUGGUCGUAGGUCAGAAUCGAACGAUCGCUGGAAAUGUCGGCAGCGAAACGACGAGAUCCGCCGAAAAUAUACUUCAGUUUAAGCACGGAGUUCCGCAGAUCAAGGGCAUAGUUCGCGAGAGCACCGACGGUAGUAUCGGACUCACCAACGUUCCCGUCGUAACGCCGAACUGCGAAGUUAUUGUGCCAAGUAUAACUUUGCGGAUCAAGCCAGGCGAUCACUUGUUGAUCACGGGACCGAACGGAUGCGGGAAAAGUUCACUAUUCAGAAUUAUUUCUGGUCUAUGGCCGGUAUACGGCGGCGAAUUGACCCGUCCAAAAGAAACUGGAAAAUUCACCACCGACGGAGCGAAACCCACCCUGUUUUACAUACCUCAGCGUCCUUACAUGACCGUGGGAACGUUGAGGGACCAGAUUACGUACCCGGCCGACUCCACGAGCAGAACGUCGUCCGACGAGGACCUUCUUCAUCUCCUCGAUCUCGUCGACCUGCGAAGUCUCGCCGAACGUGAAGCGGAUGGACUCGAUUCAAGGAGUGAUUGGGACUCGACGCUUUCCGGAGGAGAGAAACAGCGACUCGCUUUGGCUCGUUUGUUCUUCCACGCGCCGAGAUACGCUCUUUUGGACGAGUGCACGAGUGCCGUCAGUAUGGAAGCGGAAGGAACAGUUUACGAAACUGCCAAACAAAUGGGAAUCACGUUAUUAACGGUUACUCACCGAGUGGCCUCUUUGUCAAGGUUUCACAAACUUUUGCUACGCUUCGACGGGGAAGGCGGCUGGGAUCUUGGCCCAUUAAACCAAACAGAAGUUCAGGCCAAGGUGGCGAAUCAAGAACAGGACAAGGACAAAGAGGAACCUCACCAUCAUCACAGACUUCAGGAACUUCACGACAUGCUUGCCAAGGAUAGUCCGGUCGGUAUUAGCUAAAUCGUAUUUUCUCUAGUUGAGAGGGACGUGAGUUUCGAUGGAAAUGUUAUACUUGACAAAAAUUUACGUUCCUGUAGUGAACGUGAUCCACCAGCUGCGUUCACCUGACCCGACGGUUUUCACGACUCAGAAGUUUCAACGGGAAACGGAUGUAAUCAUCUUCGUCGAUGAGUCGUGUUAACUGUUCAACGAAUUCGGAGCCACUCAAGGAUAACAUAGUAUAUCCUUUACCGCGGCAUCUGAAGUGAAGAAAAUUAUUUCUUUUGUUAGGAAACAAUCGCGUGUGAUCGAAGCCGCGAUAAUCGAGUGACUCAGUGAUUCCUCUGGAAAGAGAUUCGACAUUUUUUGCUAUAGAGUUGAUCAAAAGUUGGUUCCCAUUAACAGACACCGUAGUUGUGGACCUUUUAUUAACGGUCGACGAAACGAGCGGAUCAACUCGAUUGAUUUCCCGGAGAGCAGAUUCUGGUUUUAGGGAAUUCGAAUGCUCGGCAGGAAAGGAACAGAAGAAAGUGCUACAUUAUUCACUCCGAUCAAUGCGGAUAAUCGAAGAUUGCAUAACGCCGACACACGAUGGAAAAUUUCACGUGACACAUAAAACCAUCGCAAGUUUUGUGAUCGCACUUUACGCACGGGAUUCCAAUAAACCAAUUAAUAAAUAAUUCACCUAAAUUAAACCAGUGGAGUAUAACGACUCAUAGAUGACAUAAUCACGUUUAAUUGUAUACAGAGAAUGGCUUGUGAUUUCAGAUAAUGAAAUUCGCUUUGGUGAUUACAUUUGAAGUGCCUCGUGAUAUACGCAAGUCUAUAAUUACGAAUUAAAUAUUCGCGCAACGAGUGCUUGCGUUCAAGUAUUUUUUUUCUCUCGUGAAAAUCGUGGGACAUAAUUCCGAAACAGGGUUAUACCUGAAUAUUAAACAAAAAAAAAUGAAUAUAAAUAAAUAAAAAAGAUCGAGUUAAAUGUAAAUAUAAGUGAUUCAGUUAUUUUGUUAACACGGUCGAAGGCAAACGUGUAAUAUAUAUAUAUAUAUUUUUUUUCACGAUGAUUCAAUGUUCUCGCGCGUGUACUAUGGACAUGUGAUAUACCUACUUAGCUAUCUAUAUCUACACUAUAUACAAUAAUCACAAAGAUUGUCAUCAAUUUUAUGUAACUAAGUAUUGAAAAAUUAUAUAAAUGAAAUAUUAUAUAUA